AUGACAUCAGAAGAAAAUAUAAAUUAUAAUUCAAAUCAUUCAAAUUCAAGUUCAUCACAGGAUAAAAAAAGUAUCGAAGAGCAAAAUUCAGAUGAUAAAUCAGUAAAGGAUGACGAAUCAGAAGCAGAAAAACUUAGAAGAUUAAUUGCACCUUUAUCAAAAGAACAAUUAAUAGAUAUUUUAGCAACAUCAGCUAUAAUUCAUCAAGAUAUACGUGAUAAAUGUAAUGAAGCUGUUGCUUCAUCUCCUUCCACUAGGAGAUUAAUGGUUCGUAAUAUCCCAUUUAGUACACGUGAUGAACAAUUUUUGAAAUAUUUUGAAAGUUUUGGGGAGAUAGAAGAUGGUAUAAUAGUUAGAGAAAAAGAAGGAAGAUCUAAAGGUUAUGGUUUUGUUACUUUUAAAUAUGUAGAUUCUGUUCAAAACUGCUUAAAAAGUAGUCACACAUUAGAUAACAAAGAAUUACAAGUCCGAUUAGUAGCUGAUCCAUUCACAGAUCAUUAUCAAAAUAAAUUAUUUGUUCGUAAUUUGUCACAAAAAACCAAUGUUGGAACUUUGCGUUCAAUUUUUGAAAAAUAUGGAAAAUUAGAAGAAUGUGUUAUAAUACAUGAUAAUGAAGGAAAAUCAAAAGGAUAUGGCUUUUUAACAUUUUCUUCUCCUAAAGAAGCCUUUAAAGUUAUGCAACAACCAGAGCGUAUUAUUGAUAAUAGGGUAGUCUUCUUACAUUUUGCAGUUUCACAAAACUAUAAAAAAUAUCAAAAUAAUCAAAAUUAUGUAAAAAAACAUCAAAACUAUAAUUAUUUCCAAAAAAAUAACAUAAAUAAUCGUAACAAUUUUGUUAGAAGAACUCCAAUAUAUCAUCAUGAAAAUGAAGCACCAAAUACUUUUAAUUAUCCAGUAUCAUUUGUUCCGAAUAUAUACACUAAUGUUCCACAUGGCUAUCAAAUUAAUUAUCCAAGUAAUUUAGAUUCUUUUAAUGCUUUCUAUAAUAAUCCGCGGUAUUAA